AUGUCCGACUCCGAGAGGUCACCUCUCCUCAGCCCAAAGGGCAAAGCGAGAGCAUCCCCGGAAGCUGAAGACGACAAUUCUGAGUCUGCGCCCUUGCUCUCCAGCUCCACCGCCACACCUAGAUACGAUGGCGACCAGGACGAGCCCAUCGACCGUGACGCCGUCUCUGUCGCUUCACGCGACUCUACAGAUUCCAAGAAGAAGAAGAAGACAGUACGGUUCAUGCCGUGGCCAUCCAUCGUCGCAAUUCUGAUGCUCGUAAUCGUUGCUGGCGUCGUUCUGCUUCUGGCCUUCUUCCUACCCGCUGCCGUUGAGGAAUACGCCAAGGAAGCCGCUGUCCUCGAACCCACCAACCUGUCUCUCGAAUCCAUUACGUCGGACGGCGUCAAGGCUCGUAUCCAGGCGAACUUUCGCCUCGAUGGCUCUAGGGUCAAGGACGACUCGUCGAGGCGCCUCGGGCGUUUCGCCACCUGGGUCGUGCGCAAGCUGGGAACGGACGAGACCAAGGUCAAUGUUUACUUACCCGAGUACGAAGGCACCCUGCUGGGAUCGGCCGUCGUGCCGCCUCUUGUCAUCAACAUUGUCGAUGGCCACACGACCGCCAUCGACUUCAUUGCCGACCUUGCGCCUGGAGAUGCAGAGGCUUAUCGCACUAUUGCGAAUAACUGGUUGGAGGGCAAGCUCGACAAACUGAAGGUGCUGGGCAAGGCCAAAAUUCAUCUGAAGUCGGGCAUCAUUCCCUUGGGAACUCACCCCAUCGUCGAGACGAUGGUCUUUGAAGGGGGCGAGAUACCUAGCAUGCCCGAGUAUAACAUCACCCGUGUCAGCUUUCACGACAUCAAAACACCCGGUGACGGAAGGGGAGCCGUCGGAGCUGAUAUCUCUGUUACGGCGCACAACGACUUCCCCGUCAGCAUGGAGGUUCCUGAACUUGGUUUCCAAGUCCUUGUUCCCAGUUGCAAUGGCACGGACGAUCGUAUUGUCAUUGCCGAUGUCAUUACUGGACAUCUCACCGUGAAGCCCAGGGCCGACAUCGUUGUUGACGCCCAAGGGCUCAUCCGGGAGCUCCCUACCGAGUUCACAUCACCUUGCCCUGGCUCCGAUUCAUCCCCCAUGGAUGACUUCAUCACCAAAUAUCUCAACGGCGACCCUCCCACCGUCUACGUACGAGGACAGAAGCUGCCGGAAUCCAAGACGCCUGCCUGGAUUGGCGAUAUACUCUCAAAGAUUGUUGUGCCGGUUCCGUUCCCCAGCCAAGGCAUGGGUGAAGUCAUUCGAAGCUUUUCUCUCACGGAUGUCAACUUUAAACUACCCAGCCCCAUGGCCGACCCUGACGACCCUGACGGCAGCCCCAAGGUCUCCGGUACCAUCUUGGUUCUCGCUGCGCUUCCCGAAGAGAUGAACUUUGGUAUCAACGUCACGAACCUCCGCGCAACGGCAGACGUCUUGUACAAAGGUGACAAGAUGGGCGUGCUGAACCUCGACCGUUGGAACCAUGCCAACUCGACUAGAGUCAAGGAUGAAGACGAACACGACCCCCUGCUGAAGAUCCAAUCUCGCGUGGAGGAGGUUCCGCUCAACAUUACUGAUGGCGAUGUCUUCUCAGACGUCAUGGCUAAGCUUUUCUUCGGGGGCGAGGACGUCAUGCUCGACGUGUACGCUAAGGUCGAUGUCCAGAUCAAGACUGCCUUGGGCAAGGUGAUCCUCAGGGAUGUUCCUGCCGAGGGCAGUGUUCCAGUAAAACAUCUUCCCGGCGACACACUCGGCGGCCUCAGCCCGCAGGUCGGCGAGAUAAAAAUCCUCGGCACCUCGUCGUCAUCCGUUGACAUUGAAGCCAUGAUCAACAUGACGAAUCCCACUCCCUAUGCCGCAUACAUACCUUACGUCAACAUACACAUUGCGAAGAACGGCUCCGUCCUUGGCAGCGCCACGGCAGAGAACCUGAACCUCACAAGAGGCAACAACACCAAUAUCCGCGUUACUGCCCGAUGGGAUGCCAACGUGGCUGGCGGGAAAGGCAAGAAGAUUGGGGCCGAGCUCCUGUCGCAGUACCUGUCCGGCUAUAACGUGACCCUGGACGUGCAGACCCACCGCGACAGCAUCCCCGCCGUGCCCCUCAUCGGUGAGGCACUCUCGCACCUCAACAUCAGCAUCCCUGCGCCGAAGCUUGAUCUUCCCAGCGAAGAUGGCGAGGAGGGUCACUUUAUCCGGGAUGCCGUUUUCCACGUCAUCUCCUCCACGGCUACUUUCACGCUCGUCUCCCCACUGCAUUACAACACGCUCUACAUAGACGCGGUCAACGCGACAGCCUACUACAACCAUACAGAGCCUGUGGGCCGUAUCGACUACGACUUGCCCUUCGCCGUCACGCCAGGGGCGACCAAAACGCCAAAGCUGCCGGUACAGUGGUCUGUCGGCUCUAUUGGCUACGACGCCGUCAAGAAGGCACUGGGGGGCGUGCUGAAGCUAGAUGCCAAGGCGAACGUGACGGUGAGGAUAGGCAACUGGCGGGAGACGGUGUGGUACACGGGCAGAGGCAUUGGUGCACAUAUCAGCCUUUGA